CUUCACAGCCCUUUGGGAGUCCACUCCAAGUAUUACCUUACGCCACUAUUCCAUGCCAAUGCCAUCUUCAACCCUUCCAUGACUCCCCUCCAAUAUUCAACAUAAACCCCUUUCUUCAUCUCUCAACGACCCCCCCCCCCCCACCCCACCCCCACCCCCACCCCACCCCCUGCAGCUUGAUUUUCUCGUGGCCUGUUGAACGCUAGCAUAGCUCUUCAAUUUCGCCCUUCAUCCCAUUUCAGUUCCCGCACAACAGACCAAAGCGCCAUUAAUAUCCACUGCCUGUUUCUGAAUCCACUGUAUCUUCUGGUGAUUAUCACGUUGCGCCUGGGAGAAAACCUACUCAUUUCUCCGCUUCCAGAUCCGCCACUUCAUCUCCGCUGUUCCAACUCCCAAAUACAGUAUUGUUUCCUUCCAAGACUUGGGACGACAAGAAAAAAAGAUUGAUAGUAAUCGGAAGAUUUGGGUAGAUACCGGAAAUGGGAUCUGCUAAACUUUUGGAAACUCCGACUUGUGAUGACGCUGGAUCCAAGAAGAACCAAAACAAACAAGAUUCUGUGUCUAAGAAGGUGGUAGCAACUGACUCCAAGGAAAGGAAGCGGCUCAUGUCUCAGAAUAGUGAGGAACAAACUGUUUCCCGCAAAAUGCCAAAACGGGCUGCUGCUUGUUCUAAUUUUAAAGAAAAAACUGUUAAAGUAUCCAAAAAGUCUUCCAUUAUAGAAACAAAGAAGGAUCAGUGCAUUGAGGAAGAGGCUGUGGCCAUUAGGUUGACAGAAGGAAAAGACAAUGGUCGGCCAUGUAGAAGGCUUUCAGACUUCGUAUUUCAUAAUACGGAUGGAAUCCCACAAUCAUUUGAAAUGUUGGAAGUUGAUGACCUCUUUAUAUCUGGUCUCAUUUUACCACUUGAGGAUACAGAUGAUAAGGAAAAAGCUAAAGGAAUCAGAUGUGAAGGAUUUGGUCGUAUUGAAGAAUGGGCCAUCUCUGGUUAUGAAGAUGGAUCCCCAGUUAUAUGGGUAUCAACUGAUGAAGCUGACUAUGACUGUAUCAAACCCUCAGGUAGUUAUAAAAAGUAUUAUGAUCAUUUCCUGGCCAAGGCAACUGCUUGCAUUGAGGUUUACAAAAAAUUGUCAAAGUUGUCUGGUGGAAAUCCUGACUCAAGUCUGGAUGAGUUAAUUGCUGGUGUUGUCCGUGCAAUGAGCAGUAUGAAGUGCUUCUCUGAUGGUGUUUCCAUCAGGGAUUUUAUUAUUUCUCAGGGUGAGUUCAUUUACAACCAAUUAAUAGGGCUGGAUGACACAUGCAAGAAGACUGAUCAGCUAUUUGUUGAGCUCCCUGUGCUUGCUGCUCUUAGAGAUGAGAAAAAUAAGCAAGAAAAUGUUGCUCAAGCACCAAAGAUAAACACUGGUGGAAGUUUAAGAAUAGGACCUAAAGCAACCAAUGAAGAAGACAUGACAAAACAAUCUGGUGCAUCUUCAUCUCCAGCAGAGGAAGAUGAAGAUCUGAAGUUGGCAAGGUUGUUACAUGAAGAGGAGUGUUGGCGGUCAAUGAAGCAAAAGAAAAGCCAUGGUUCAUCCUCUUUAUCCAACAAGUUUUACAUCAAGAUCAAUGAGGAUGAAAUUGCAAAUGAUUAUCCUUUACCUGCCUAUUACAAGACUUCUUAUGAAGAGAUAGAUGAAUAUGUAGUCUUUGACAGUGGCGUUGAUACGUGUUAUAUUGAUGAUCUGCCGCGCAGUAUGCUUCACAACUGGGCAUUAUACAACUCUGACUCAAGGCUAAUCUCAUUGGAGCUCUUGCCAAUGAAACCAUGUGCAGAUAUUGAUGUGUCAAUCUUUGGGUCUGGUUUAAUGAUGUUUGAUGAUGGGUCUGGAUACAAUUUUGACUCUGAUGCUGGUCAUUCUUCGUCAAGUGCUUCUGGGGCAGCUGAAGUUGAUGGAAUUCCAAUUUACUUAAGUGCAAUAAAGGAAUGGAUGAUAGAGUUUGGAGCGUCAAUGGUUUUUAUAUCUAUUCGAACUGAUAUGGCCUGGUAUAGGCUUGGGAAACCAUCAAAACAAUAUGCCCCUUGGUAUGAACCAGUUUUGAAAACAGCUAGGCUUGCUGUGAGUAUCAUCACCUUGUUGAAGGAACAGAGUAGGGUAGCAAGACUAUCAUUUGCAGAUGUGAUUAAAAAGGUUUCAGAGCUUGAAAAAAGCAAUCCUGCUUAUCUAUCAUCAAAUCCAGCUGUUGUGGAAAGAUAUCUAGUGGUACAUGGACAGAUUAUUUUACAGCAGUUUGCAGAAUUUCCUGAUGAAAACAUCAGGAAGUGUGCAUUUGUCAUCAGUCUAACUAGGAAAAUGGAAGAGAGGCACCACACUAAGUGGUUGGUUAAGAAAAAGAAGCUUUUGCAUCGAAAUGAACUAAACUUAAAUCCCAGAGCAGGAAUGGGACCUGUCAUAUCUAAGAGGAAGGCCAUGCAAGCCACUACAACUAGACUAAUUAACAGAAUAUGGGGGGAGUAUUAUUCAAACUACUCUGCAGAGGAGUCAAAGGAGGAAGUUGGUGGUGAAGUUAAGGAUGAUGAUGAAGUUGAAGAACAAGAGGAAAAUGAAGAGGAUGAUGCUCCGGAGGAGAAUGUCGAAGUUCCUAAUGAAACUCAAAAGCCUAGCACUACUACCAGACGAACUAAAUCUUGCCCUAAUAGCAAAGAAGUAGAAUGGGAUGGUGAGUCUGUAGGUAAAACUGCUUCAGGUGAACAUUUGUACCGAAGGGCCAAGGUUCAUGGAAAUGAGAUUGCAGUUGGGGGUUCGGUUCUGGUGGAGGAUGACGAAGCAGAUGCGCUUCCAACCAUUUGCUUUGUGGAAUACAUGUUUGAGAAAUCGAAUGGCAAAAAAAUGUUGCAUGGGAGGAUAAUGCAACGAGGAUCGCAAACUGUACUAGGAAAUACAGCUAAUGAGAGGGAAGUCUUUCUGACCCAUGAAUGCAUGGAUUUAGAACUAGAAGAAGUCAAACAAACAGUAGUUGUUGGGAUGAGGUUGAUGCCUUGGGGACAUCAGCAUAGGAAAGCUAAUGCUGAUGCUGAUAAAGUAGAUAGAGCAAAAGCAGAAGACCGGAUGAAGAAAGGAUUACCUGCUGAAUAUUACUGCAAGAGCUUAUAUUGGCCUGAGAGAGGUGCUUUCUUUAAGCUUCCUUAUGAGACUAUGGGUCUUGGCUCUGGUUUAUGCCAUUCUUGCCAGGUGCAGGAUUCUGCUCAAGAUAAAGACAUUUUUAAAGUAGAUGCAUCUAAGACCAGUUUUAUAUACCAGGGAUUUGAGUAUUCAAUUCAUGACUUUGUUUAUGUAAGUCCCUAUCAGUUUGAUUCAGAGAAGGUAGAGUGUGCAACCUUCAAGGGUGGGAGAAAUGUAGGCUUGAGGGCUUAUGUUGUAUGUCAAUUAAUUGAAGUUCUCGUUCAGAAGGGACCUAAAGAAGCUGUCAUGGAUUCAACUCAAGUUAAAGUCAGAAGGUAUUUCAGACCAGAUGAUAUUUCUGCAGAGAAGGCAUAUACUUCUGAUAUUCGAGAGAUUUAUUAUAGUGAGGAAACACAUACUAUUCCUAUAUGCAUGCUUGAGGGGAAAUGUGAAGUAAGGAAGAAACAAAACCUCCCAUCUGCUGAUUUGCCUCUAAUCUUUGACCAUAUUUUCUUCUGUGAAUGUCUGUAUGAUCCGUCCAAAGGUUCAGUUAAGCAGUUGCCAUCUCAUGUGAAAAUAAGGUACUCACAAGUGAAGUUGGAUGAUGCUGAUAUAUCCAGGAAGAGAAAGGGAAAAGGAAAAGAAGUAGAAAAUGAUACGAGGACUGAGCAACUCCAAGGAACUUCUCAAGAAAACCGCCUAGCUACACUAGAUAUCUUUGCUGGGUGUGGAGGCCUUUCUGAGGGGCUGCUUCAAUCAGGUGUCUCACAUACAAAAUGGGCAAUUGAGUAUGAAGAGCCUGCUGCAGAAGCCUUUAAACUCAACCAUCCUGAGGCACAAGUGUUUGUGCACAACUGCAAUGUGAUUCUCAGGGCAAUAAUGAAAAAAUGUGGUGAUGAAGAAGAUUGUGUCUCAACCCAAGAGGCUGGGGAGCUAGCUGCAUCAAUGGAUGAUAAGGAAGUCAACAGUUUGCCACUGCCAGGACAAGUUGACUUCAUCAAUGGAGGGCCUCCUUGCCAGGGGUUUUCUGGAAUGAAUAGAUUCAACCAGAGCACUUGGAGUAAAGUUCAGUGUGAGAUGAUUCUAGCAUUCUUAUCCUUUGCUGAUUACUAUAGGCCUAAGUACUUUCUCCUGGAGAAUGUUAGAAAUUUUGUAUCUUUCAACCAAGGUCAGACAUUUCGAUUGACCGUGGCUUCACUGCUUGAGAUGGGUUUUCAGGUGAGGUUUGGGAUCCUGGAAGCUGGAGCAUAUGGAGUCCCCCAGGCUAGGAAGAGAGCAUUUAUAUGGGCUGCAUCUCCUGAGGUGGCUCUUCCUGAUUGGCCUGAACCUAUGCAUGUCUUUGGUGUCCCACAGUUGAGAAUAUCAUUGUCAAAGGAUUCACACUAUGCUGCUGCUCGGAGUCCUGCUGAUGGAGCACCAUUCCGUUCUCUCACUGUUAGAGACACAAUUGGAGAUCUUCCAGCUGUUAGCAAUGGGGCAUCCAAACCCACUAUGGAGUAUCAAGGUGAUCCAGUUUCGUGGUUCCAAAAGAAAAUCCGUGGGAAUGCAAUGGUGUUAUCUGAUCACAUUUCAAAAGAAAUGAAUGAGCUUAAUAUGAUCAGAUGUCAACGAAUCCCCAAGCGUCCUGGGGCUGAUUGGCGUGAUCUUCCAGAAGAAAAGGUGAAAUUGUCAACUGGGGAAAUGGUUGAUUUGAUACCAUGGUGCCUGCCCCAUACAGCUAAGAGGCACAAUCAGUGGAAGGGGCUGUUUGGAAGAUUGGACUGGGAUGGGAACUUUCCAACUUCCAUAACUGACCCGCAACCAAUGGGUAAAGUAGGAAUGUGCUUUCACCCAGAGCAAGAUCGGAUUGUGACUGUGCGCGAAUGUGCACGUUCCCAAGGUUUCCCAGAUACAUAUCAGUUUGCUGGUAACAUUUUGCACAAGCACAGGCAAAUUGGAAAUGCAGUUCCUCCUCCUCUGGCUUAUGCGUUGGGGAAGAAGCUUAAGGAGGCUCUUCAGGGCAAGAACACUGCUUAGCAAGCAAGCAAGCAAAUAUUAUUAUAUUGCAAUUGCUGGUGUUGGAUUUUCUUUGCAUCCAACAACUUGAGAAUUUUUAUGUAAAUCCCUAACUAAACUACUCACAGUUUGUACUAGACAACUUUGGCUGGCAAUGGUGGAAAUGAUGUUCUUUUUGGGUCUUGAGUGAAAAUCUGUUUCACUGAUGUGAUAUCAA